GCAGGCGCGUGUGCACUUCCGCCGCAGGCACCCGAGGGCCGUUCGAUGGGACGAAAGGCUUGCUGGAAAGUGCGGCGCUUUCGGCCUCGCUGCCAGGCAUGCCGGAACUUGUAGUUUAUCCGUAGCCUAACGUGAACAGGAGCGUUCAUGCCUGAUAACCUGCCGUGCUCUAGGGGCAGUGGGGAUCCAGGGACAGACAUAUAUCCUCCAAGUACAGAAUACCGCACCACCAAGGAACACUUCCACGAAUAUCUGGAUGCAAACAGACAGGACAAGGCACAUGGAGAAACUGAGGCAGAAGACCCCAAUGGCAGUAACUUGGCUGAGCCUGAGGCCAAGCGGAUCCGACUGGAGGAUGGGCAGACGGAGACUGGUCAGAUAGAGGAGGCGGCCACCCCUUCGGAGAAGCCUCAGAGGAGGGCCCGGGGUCAGAACAAGGGCCGGCCCCAUGUGAAGCCCACACAUUAUGAGCAGAACAGGCUCUGCCCGUCCCUGAUCCAGGAAUUGGCAGCCACAUGUGCCUUUGGUGACCGCUGCCGCUUUCUGCAUGAUGUGGGCCGCUACCUGGAGAUGAAGCCAGCAGACCUGGGCCCCCACUGUGUGCUCUUUGACACCUUUGGCAGGUGCCCCUAUGGUGUGACCUGCCGUUUUGCAGGAGCCCACCUGGGGCCUGAGGGCCAGAACCUUGUGCAGGAAGAGGUGGUGGCUCGCAGUGCUAACCUCCCAGCUGUGCGUAACAGCCUGGACAGGGUCUUGCAGCAGCAGCUCCGCAAGCGCCAGGUUCACUUUGAGCGCACUGAGAAGGCCCUACGUCAAUUCAGCCAGGGCCAUGCGUCUGCUGCCACCACCCCCAAGGCCACAGCUGCCCCAGGUCAGAACAGCCACAAUGCCCAAAGAGACCUCGCUGGGCUGGGGACUGACACCCCGCCAAGAAGCCCUGUGCAGACCUGUGGACCUUUGACCGAUGAGGACGUGGUCCGGCUGCGACCCUGUGAAAAGAAGCGGCUGGACCUUAAGGGGAAGCUGUACCUGGCUCCUCUCACCACGUGCGGGAACCUGCCUUUCCGACGUAUUUGUAAGCGUUUUGGGGCUGAUGUGACAUGUGGGGAGAUGGCCGUGUGCACCAACCUGCUACAGGGGCAGAUGUCUGAGUGGGCCCUGCUCAAGCGCCACCCAUGUGAGGACAUCUUUGGGGUCCAGCUGGAGGGCGCCUUCCCUGAUACCAUGACCAAGUGUGCGGAGCUGCUGAACCGCACCAUCGACGUGGACUUCGUGGACAUCAAUGUGGGCUGCCCUAUAGACCUUGUGUACAAGAAGGGCGGUGGCUGCGCGCUCAUGAAUCGAUCGGCCAAAUUCCAGCAAAUUGUCCGUGGCAUGAAUGAGGUGCUGGAUGUGCCGCUGACUGUGAAGAUGCGGACUGGCGUCCAGGAGCGCGUGAGCCUGGCGCACCGCCUGCUGCCUGAGCUGCGGGACUGGGGUGCGGCUCUCGUCACGCUCCACGGCCGCUCCCGUGAGCAGCGCUAUACCCGGCUGGCUGACUGGUGUUAUAUUGAGGAAUGUGCUAAGGUGGCAGACCCCAUGCCCCUAUUCGGGAACGGGGACAUUUUGUCCUAUGAGGAUGCCAAUCGUGCUAUGCAGACAGGUGUUGCAGGGAUCAUGAUUGCCCGUGGUGCCCUGCUGAAGCCCUGGCUGUUCACUGAGAUCAAGGAGCAGCGACACUGGGACAUCUCGUCUUCCGAGCGCCUGGAGGUCUUGCGGGACUUCACACAUUUCGGCCUGGAGCACUGGGGCUCUGAUACGCAGGGCGUGGAGAGGACGCGGCGCUUCCUGCUCGAGUGGCUCUCCUUCCUGUGCAGGUAUGUGCCCGUGGGCCUCCUAGAGCGGCUGCCCCAGCGGAUCAACGAGCGGCCACCCUACUACGUGGGCCGUGAUUACCUGGAGACGCUCAUGGCCAGCCAGCAGGCCGCCGACUGGAUUCGCAUCAGUGAGAUGCUGCUUGGACCAGUUCCAGCUGGCUUCGCCUUCCUGCCCAAGCACAAGGCCAAUGCCUACAAGUAGCUGCCAGCCUGGCCUCAGUGGGGAGUGACAGCUACACUGACUAUGGCCCUGGGUGACAGGGAGAGAAUACACUUUAUUCUUUUA